GUUUGUUUCCUCGCUAUUCUGUCGGCAUGCUCCACGUUUCAUGUGCAUUAUGUCCUACAGGACGCUGUUGGUCGGGCUUCAUUGAUGCCCGCUUCUGGUCGCAUAGAGGAAGCCAUUUAUACCUGGCCCUUCCCUCCUCCAAGCUCUCCCAGCCUUUCGUUCUUUUAAGUUGCAAGACUGAAUCCUCAGUCCAUAUACCAUUGGCAUCUCAUUCCUCUUGCUACGUCUUUCCUUUGUUGUUGUUGUUUUACCAUUUCCGCACUCGAGAAGCUGGCUUCUCCUUGACCAGAGCUCCUAGCUAGCCGUGGUUGACAUAAUGUCUCUGACACCGUACUACUAUAGACCACUCACGCCUCCAGAGGCUAAUGGCGCUGCUGGUCAGCGUGGACAUGUUCGGAACCUGUCCGCUUCUUCCUACUGCACAGUAGAUACUUCCCCCGAGUCGGUGAUCAGUGCUACGACCGCAGCUUCAACCCCCAGCCGGUCACCCGUUCUUCGUCAACAUGGCCCUACAUUGCUCCCAAAGAUUCGGAGUCAGGACUCGGGUACUGAUUCCCAGCACACCAGUCGUCCAUCUAUGCAUCGAAGAACCCUGUCGUACAUAAAGGACACGAAGAACACACGGCCCGCAAUGUACAGGAGCGCAACUGAACCUGUGGAAAAUGUUACGAUGAUGUCGCCAGUCUCCAACGCUCCUCACUCUCGGUCAACUUCGUUGAUGCCUUCGCCAUCCAUGUCCAAGGCACAGCUCAAUGUUCCGGCCAAAACACAUUCUCGCUCGGCGUCUGCAUCGAGCAUUGAUAAUACUGUACUUAAUCGCUUCGGCUACCCUACAUACCGACAAUUGCCGGGUUUCAUGUCUCGUAACCAAGAGACACCAUCUCCCGAUAUGUUUGCGACAACCUAUGUGCCGUACAUGAACAUGCCCAUGCCUGAGCCACCUAUGAUCAACCUGGAAGGAACUUUUGAUAUGCCUAUCGAUCUCGACGUCAUAUCACGUCCUAGCUCCAUGAGUCCACCGCCUAUGCUUGCACAGACAUCAACGACCAGCAUGCUCUCUUACUUGAGUCAGCCCACCCAACCCAUCAACUUAGUCCGCCACCUCACUUAUCAGACUGGUCGAGGUCUAACCAAUCAUUUCUGGUGGGAUGUCCGGAAUGUACGACCAUGGAAAUCAUUCUCUGUACAGACAAUGGCGAACAUUCCAGACCUUCUCACGCUGUUGAACUUUCAACAUGACACAGCGAGCUUACCUUUCACGAACUCCAACUCAAGCACAGCGACACCUGCAUCCGAGAUCGACCUCGCCAACCUAGUCUCCAAGAUUUACUUCCCAAAGGUCAAUGCAGCCACAAGGUUGUCCCUUGGUAACAAUUCUGUUUGCUUGUAUCCUUCGCCUGCACCAACUGGCACUGGGGUCAGUGCCAAUUCUGCGAAUGUCCCGACAUUUCUCGCCAACUACCCAACUGACAAUGAUCGAACCCUAUCUGGGCUGCCCCGAGGUCGAGUUGUGGGCUUGGUACGAUCAUUCGAUCGCUGGAAUACAGGAAUGCGGAGAGAAGGACCAGCUCGCAGGGUCGAAUAUUUGCGUACAUUAGCACAUUUACAGAAGUGUAUGCGCGAUCACAGCUGCCGAUAUGGGUUCAUCAUCACCGAGAUUGAACUUGUCUGUGUCCGGGCUGGAUGCGAUGAGCGCGAUCAACCCUACUUUGGGCUUCUUGAGGUUGCCGAGGCCGUUGAAACUAAGACAUUUGCUGUGAACGAAGGCAACCUCACUGGAAGUGGCAAUAUCAGCAUGACUGUUACACUGGCUUUGUACUAUCUUUUGAUGCUCGCCAAGGCUACGCCGCUACCAGGAGAGCCGGGAAGUUACAUGGACGUGGGUGGUUCGGGAGCGCUGUCAAGGCAGAGAGUUUGGGAUGGUGGUAAUGGUACUGCAGCUGGGACGCUUGCUAUUGAUGAUGAUGGUAACAUUGAAGAGCUUGGUAAAGAUGGCAAAGAUAGGUGGAUCCCGGAGCCACAAAUGGGCGAGAAGAGAGAGGCAAGAACUGUGCGAGGCUGGGUCUGGCCUAGUGAUCCAUGGCACAAGAGGGAAGGUGAACGUGGCGAAAGGGGAACCGCUCGGGGACGAGGCAGAGGCUAAAAAAAUAUAAAGGGGGAAACGUAAGCAGGACGCCAUCCAGGUGAUGAGCUCAAAUGCAAUUGGUAGAAGGACACGGUAAUCUCAAGCUC